AAGCCCAAAGCUCACAGCGAGGAUAGAGAUCUCACGCCCAAACCUGUACACACCACCGUUCGGCUGCAGCAGAUCGGUAUAGAACCGGCACAGACGCCCGUUGAGGAGACGAAUCGUGGCGGCGUCAAAAAGACUGAGAGCGAACCAACCCACGCUACUGCGCCAGUCGACCCCUCCGUUCUACUGCAAGACGCUAGAAGAAGUCUGCAGAAUUCUAUGGCCAAACUGGUCGAAGAGAAAGCCGGCGAAGAAAAUCGCAGGCGCGCGGCUCGCGACAUAAUCACAACUGCCAUACGUACUGGUAAACCGCCGAUGCCUUACGGGCGGUCGUCGUCCGCGGGCGUGGCGUCGCUAGUGUCGCCGCCCGCUUCCGCUUCCGCCCCCGCCCCCGCUACCGCGCCGGUUACCUCGCCGUCCGCUGGCCCCGCCCCCUCGCGCGUUUUCCGCACUGAAGCGCAGCAUCGCGUAGAAGAUCACCGUAAUAGGGGCGUGUCAGUGGAGCGUAUCAUCCCCAUACACGUGGCGGAGGAAUCGCCCACGUCGCCGCCUCAAAGCCCACAAACACCCACGCAGCCUCCGACUAAACCCGUGCCUAAACCAGCCCAAACACCGUUAAGACGCUUGGUGUCAAACGAGUCGAGCGCUAGUGAGGCGUGCAGCUCCCCUGGCGAGCCGAUCAAGAAAUCCGCGCGCGAGUUCAUCAUACCCAUCGCGGUGGAGGGCAAGGGAUACGUCACUCCGCGGCAACGCAGCCUCGAGCCCGACGCGCACGCCGCGCCCGCCGCCCGCCUGCCGCGACCCAGGCGCAUCAGCAGUCUUGUCAGUGGAGGAGAAUCAGAAGAAGAAGAUGAUACGCACAUGCAUAGAUUGAGAUCAUCGAGAGCGGCCCGCGCCGAGUCCGUGAGUUCAGGCGAAGAAGACGAAGAAGAUGAGGGCUUCCAUCUUCUCACUGCUGAGAAUCUGUUCUCCACACUUCUACAUCGGGUGCGAGCGCUCACCAAUCGUUUGAACGGAGAGGAGGGUCCUGGAUUCCCGCAGCAUCCGCACUCGUUGUUCAACAAUUUGCAGACACCUUUCUUCAAUAGCCGCGAAGGGUGGGGAGCGCGAGAUCUGCGUGAGAAUUUCGACUCUAUGUUCAACAAGCCGCGCCAGUUGCCUAGAGGUGGUAGGAAGAGAGGCGGCAAAGAACAGGCGGCCGAGGCGCUCGACCUGUCCGACCUCGACCUGAGCUCGAUCCGGCUGUCUGACAAGGAGAUGCGCGCCCUCUCCGGCCUCACGCCCGCGCUCUCCCGCCGCCUGCAGCGACAGCUCCUCGCCAGCCUCCCGCCCGCCGCCGCCCGACGACUGCGCCGCACCCUCUCCCUGCACGACCCCGCGCCCGCCUCCGCCUCCGCACCCGCGCCCGCCUCCGCCCCUCAAACGCCCGCGCCCCGAGCCCCUGCACCAGAAUCGCCUCCGACAGACGAGGACGCCCCUAUGACCCCGAUGAAAACCGACGAACCCGCGCCUCUUGUUAAAUCUAAAUCUCCUUCCCCUCGGCCCGCCCCUCCCGAAAAUUCUGAACCUCCGUCGCCGCGGCCCGAAGUCGAGGCGUCGUUGUCGUCGCACCGGCUACGUUCCCCCGACCGUACGACUGGUGACGUGGACUCGGUGCGACAGUUCUGCACGCUGCCGCGGCUGCGCCGGCGGUCGUCGCCUGUGCGGGACCUGGCACCGCCGAUCGAGCCGGAGCCAGUGUCGACGCGUAUCGGAUCGACGGUGACUCCGCGGAUCACCCCCGAUCGACCCCUCCUCAGCAAGUACCUGACGCCAGAGCGGGCGUCGUCCCUGGACGACUCGUACUCUUCAGACGGAAGCAUUCUAUCGGAGCCGAGUUACGUGGCGGCAUACGGCGGAACGGGGCUCGGCCUCCGCCGCCACUCGAUGAGACUCACCGGCGACCAGCCCCGCCGCCGGGUCUCCAGGUUUCUGAGAUCGGACUUUUUCGAUUCCCCUCCGGACGAGAGCGUUUACGCGAAGCAUCGGAAAGAAAAGGAGCUCGAGACGCAGAAAAUUUUGCGCGAGAUACGAGAGAAAAAGAACAGAUCGCUCGAAUCCCCGGGCGUGAGAAGUCCGACGUCGGAUUACGGCGACGCCCCGCCGACGUUCCGGGACGAUCCAGCGUUUAAAAAGUGUCUAUCGCCCGUGUCGCUUCUAACCAACAAGGAGAGGAGCCGCUCGAACACACCGUUUUUCCCCAUUCUAGAUAAUAUCAAAGAAACCGCGGCGGAUGCCCCCCAUGGAAAUUCGCCGGACAGAAAGAUGAGCGGCGACGCGGGAGAAUUGAGAUCGAGUUCACGUUUCAUCGAUUGUUCCUCUACUCGAGAAUCGAAACUGACUAGGCCAAAAAGUUAUCCCGUUAAAAAUCAAGAAUCUAUUGAAGAACCGGUGUCCUUUAUUACGAGAAACGGUCCUGACAAAGGACAUGAAAUAAAAGAUGCAAGUUUACAAAAGGAAUCCAAAUUGACGAGACCGAAGAGUUAUCCUACGAGUAGCCCGUCUCCGGAAAAAGUUUAUGUAAAUCGCAAUAAUAAUAAAAAAGAAACCGCAUCUAAUUCUAAACUAAAAGAUGACCAGAUGAAGAGUGAUGUCGAAGUUAGUUUUAGUAUUACAUUACCAAUGAAAAAGUCUGAAACACAGAAAACCGAAGAGAGUAUUGGCAGUGGUGAAUCCGUCAAAAGCAAAGUAGAAUCUAACUUCGAUAAUAAAAAAUCCACUAGUGACAGUCUUGUCCUUAAAAAAUAUAAAAUAAUAAAUGAAGAAAAUAAUGAUAAGUUAGAACCUAGCAAAGAGAAUGGCUCCAUCGUUGCUAAUGGCAUUGUUAAGGAUAAUUUAAAUAAAGAUUUGAUCGAAGUAGAAGAUAAGACUGUUAAAAUAUUAAAUACCUCUACUAAAAAAGAAGACGCCAAAGCUAAAGCAACUGAAGGCGAUAGUGGUGAAAAGAAAGGAACAGUAAAAAAGAAAAUAAUUAAAAAAGUUUCCUCAAAAUCAAAAGCUGAUGUGGGAAGCAACCAAGAUUCAACAGAUGCCAAAAGUGUACCUGAAAAGAAAAAAGUGACAAAGAAAGUUAAAGAAAAAGUUCCCGAAGAUGGAAAUAAACCUACGACUGUCACAAAAAAGAAAUCUAUGUUCCAAUCUCUAGGUCAUAAAUUAGAAAAGUUUACCUCGGCAAAAUCUAGUUCUCCAGAAAAGAGUUCAGAAAAUGGAAAUAUAACCACAGAAAGUAGUGAUGCGUUAAAGUUAAAAAGAAUCCAAAGAGAGCAAUCUGUACCUGUUAAUCCGGAACCUCCUACUGAAUCUAACCUUAUUAAAAGAGCUGUAACAUUAACUGACGUUGCCGCACUGGAUACUCCUAAUACUAGCAAUACAAAAACAACAGUAUCUAAAGUCUUAGGGUUGUUUAAAAAAUUCGAUCCGAAAGAAAAGUCAGUGAAAUCUGUAGAAAAGUCUCAAAGUGAAAACCUAGAAGAGAAUAUAGCCGAUUGUAAAAUACAAACAAAUGCAGAGCUACCGUUAGAUAUUCUCGAUAAAGAUAAACCUCGGAGACCAACCUCGUUACUAUUGAAUGGAUUAAGUCGUAAAAAUAAAUAUGGCAGGACUACCAGUGAUAACGUUGUGCCAGCGGCUAUUGAAAAUGACGAACGAGCCGAAAUUAAAAGAGAUACUGAACCUAAAAACUUGAAAAAUACUUUAAAAUUAGACUUCUCCAAAUUGCCAAGAGUAAAAAAAAUAGUUCCUACAAAUCCUGUGAUAGAACCGCAAGUGCUAAAACAUUCUGCAGAAGACAAGGAGACUGAAAAGAAAGAAAAUAUAGAAAAGAAAAUCAGCAUAGCACCCGAGAGGUUGGUUGAAAACAACGAUAUGAAUAUAGAAACACGCAGUCGAUCGAGGAGUAGAUCUACUAUAUCCAAUUCCGAAUUAAAGUCUGAUCUCAGUGUAGAAGAUAAAAGUGUCGGUAAACAUUCUUUGUCGCCUUCCGAUACCACGGCUAACAAUUCUCUACGCGGUCGUGGGUCAGUAUCACCAGAAAAGGACGAUAUCAUCGAUAGGAUACGAAGAAAAAGUUUUUAUUCCAGGUUUAACGAAAAGAAAGCGAGAAGAAAAAGUAGUUUAGUUGGACCCGGUGCUGCGGAAUACGAUCCUCUGGCACGAAUACACUCCCCACCGGUAGAAAUGAAAUAUGACGCUUCACCUACAUCACCACCCCUCGGUGUAUAUGACUUGUCUCCAGGGUAUUCCAUCGCAUCAGAUCUAUCUCCCUCCACGGAAAGGUACCGAUCUCUGUUGACCGAUCUACCAGUAAAUACUAGAAAUAAUUCUAGGUUCGAAAAUUACGGAUUAAACGACAAAAUCGAUACCUAUCGAUCUCUCGACCGCAAUGACUUUAGGAAGUGUCCUGGUAGUCGAAGCUACUUGGAUUACGAUCAACCAUUGUCAUACGGAGGCCACAGAUAUUCAAGAACUAAAUCAUUGCUGGAAAAUUCUGACGGUAUUGAAGAAUCUACCCUUGGUCCUCUCAGAGAUCCACAAAAAUAUAAUAGAACUCUGUCGAUGUAUUCUCCGGGGAAUUACGCUACAUACAGGCCGAAGAGAACUAGAAAUUCAGCUAUAAUACUGAAAGAAAGCGAAAAGGAGCCUAGCCCGGAGAAUAUACUAGAAAAAAUACGAAAUAGAAAAAAUAUAUCUAUCAGCGUGACUAGAAAACCCGACAUCGAAAAGGAGAAACUGCCAAGAUCCAAUGUCUCACCUCAAAGCGAAGGCGACCGUACAGAACGCUCUGAGAAAACUGACUGAGAGGCACUACUGA